AUGCUCAAGUUCCCGUCGGACCCUGGCCGCUGGCCACCGUGGCCUCACUCCGACAAAGGGUACGAGAAGUUCUCCAUCGAUGGCCCUACGGCAAUGCUUCCGGAUAUCUCCCGUUUGUCGUUUGGAGAGGUUCAUCAGCAACGAUUGAAACAACAAGGACCUGUCAUCAAAGGCCGUACAGUAACUCUGGCAAGAGCAGACUGGACCAAUGCAAAUGACCCGGUACAAGGCACAACGACAGUAUUGGAUCCUUCGUGGGAGUCUUUCGAGGAGCCCAUCCUAAUUGAAAAAUGUGAAGAUAUCAUAACCAAGUAUAGGGCUGUCAAAUCUGGCUCUCUCAACUAUGUAACGUGCUCGGCACAGCAUCCUCGCCGACGUGCUGCCUUGGGACUUCCAAAGACCCCUCUGUCUACCAGCCGACGCCUUCUAUCCACUCACAGUCACAUCCCCGGUAUCCAUUCGAGUCAUGUUCGGGUCAACCUAGGAACAUCUUUCGUCUUCCUGCACAAGCAAGAGGUGGAUCUUCAAUCUGUUACAAUUCUUUGGAGCGGCGACCCAAUCCUUUGGAUCGUCGUCCCACCGAGGCAAGCUUCCGUCCUGGAGGGACGUCUCGCGGAGAAUCUGAAACUUCCGCAAGUCUGCAGCCAGUUUGUCCGUCAUAGCAAUCUCCUGGUGCCGCCGUCGGUGUUGUACGAGUGGGGGAUCAGCUUUAACAUUUUCCUCCAGCGACCCGGAGAGGUCGUGCGAACGGAUUACCUGAGCUAUCAGUGGGCAUGGAAUACCGGCACCAACGUCGUCGAGAGCAUCUGCUACUGUGAAGCAGAUUGGUCUCCCUCACCCAUGUAUCGACAUUGCCGGAAGUCCAGCCGCAAUUGUGGUUCGUGUCCCGUCACGGCCGGGGCUAUGGAACUCGGCGAAUAUCGUCCACUAGAAGUUGUGGAGGAAUGGGGUGAAGACAUCAUCGAUCCCCAAGAUGAUGAAGCCACAACUACAGGUCAUGAUGGUGACUCUCAGUCGGAUUCCGUCGUCGUCUCGUCAACGCCUGGUUCGCCUUCUGGUGAAUCUCCUUCUGGUGAGAAGUCUCCAGCCACACUGGAACUCAAAGCAAACAAUGCUUCCUCAGGCCCUCCUCCAAAUCGACCUCUUCAAACUACGGUGGAAAGUGAGAAUGAGGACGAUGAGAUGGAAGACGUCGAAGACGAUUCAUCUCCUCCACAAGAACCCGAUCUGCAGACGCCUUCCAAUGACUCCUUUCCGACUGAGACCCCAGCGGACGUACCUAUGGGCCAGGAUUCUGACGACGAUACGGAUGAGGACGCGAGGAACUCUGCAUACUCUCAGACAGUGUCAUCACCGAGGAAUCAGCGUUCGGUCGCCGGAAGAAUCCCAGAACAUGCAUGGCAACCUAGGACUGAAGAGUUUUACAUCAACACAGACUUCUUCUGCAAGCACGCCCGUCGACCGGCCCCGCUUCCGACAUUUUCCCCUGGGUCACCGACAGACUCCCCAACGGGUGGCUUGAGUGACCUCUUCGUCGCUAACAGCGAUGAGCCUGCAUUAUCUGAGCAAGGGGAGACCAAAAUCGGAUCUGGUUUGGAGAAAUCCGCCCCUGAGACGUCCGAUCUCUUCCCACCGUCUCCCCCGUUGUUUCCAGCCCUAUCCGUCUCAUCCUCAGAACCGUCAGGAACACCACACUCGAAUCCGGAUCCCCCAACCCAGUACCGCUCUUCUGGCAGUGGUAUGUCUCCGAAUGUACAUGUGGCAGAAACUACGAUGAACUCCAUGUCUUCUUCUCGGGCAAGCUCACCACUCUUCUCUGGAGUUGUAGAGAGCAGGCAUUCAUGCAAUACACCUCCCAGCACUGCUCAGACGGCUCAAUGCGUGGCUGUAACGUUUCCGAGGCUCGAUCGAAAAUUAUCAGAAGAAGAAAUGAUCCACGAUAUCAAUAGACUGAUUGAUCUUGGAUGCCGAAACCGUGAUUCGAUUCCUUGGAUCACCGCCAAUCCGGAGGCGGUUGAGCGCAUGUUGAAUACAUUUCGACCGGGCCAGUGGCUAAAUGACGAUGCAGUGAUGGAAUGCCUCUACCGUAUGGCCAUGGGCCGACGUGAUGUGCACGUCGUAGAGUCUCACGAUUUCAAUGCGGCCUACAUCCAGAAGAACCCGUCCAGAAUCUGCAGGUGGCAGACACCCUCGAUGGUUCUGGUUCCCGUUCAUAUCGAGGAGACAAGCCAUUGGUUUCUCGUAAGCUUGGACUUCACCCACCAUCAACUUACGGUGCAUGACCAUGAGAGUGAGAGGGCCAUAUCUGUGGCUCAUUUCAUUCUUUCAAGCGCACCAGAUCUCAACGGGUGGACGGUGAGAUCUAAUUCAGGUUCAAUCAAUGACGGUAAUAAUUGCGGUGUCAUCCUGCUCCUCGAAGCGGACAAAAUCUUAGGACACACGGACCCAGGCCCAACCAACUUCGUCACUCUGCGGAGACGUUACAUACAAUUGAUUGUGGCUGGUCGACGGACGGAAUCUCCCCAGGCUCCCUCGCCCCUUUCCGGCAAUGUCAGUACCACCGGUGCUUCAUCUUGGGGGAUAGUCAGCCCCAGCCCUGGUCCCUGGAUGGAAACGAAACCGAAAUUCAAAGACCUGCCACCUCAGAUCAGGAUAAAGUUUAUUGCCUCCUGCAUGGGAUGUAAAGAGGUCUUAGAGGACUUCCGAGAUCUGGUCUAUAUUAUGAAAGACCAGUCACUUCGAGUCCACAGUGACACUCAAAGGACCAUGCAGCUGUACAACAGUAGUCGGAGUCUCCGGCAAGAUGUCCUUUCCGGUCGUACCCCUUCCAACGCUACCAUUCAGAACACUUUAAGACUCUACGACACUAUCAGCUCGCCUGGGCAUACUUCAGAAGCUCUCUAUACCAGCACUCCAGGACGUGACCAAGAUGGUCUACAGGUAGCGGUUCAACUGUAUACCCGAAGCCGCGGCUAUGCGAAGCUCGGGAGCCUGACACGAGAAUUUGGGGCGCUGUGUAUUAAUUCCACAUAUCGUGCACUAGUGAGAAUCCUUAGCACCAAGUCGAGGCAAGGCGUAUCCGAAGAUGUCGAGAUGCAGAUAUCAGAUCAAACGGAGCCAGCCAAGAAGGGCCAGGGGUCAGAUACACGUACCUACAAGUACAUGUUGAGAAGUACCGGGCAAGACAAGGACCCUAAAGCCCUGCGUCGUCUUCAGAAGGCCAAUUACCGAGGAAGUUGUCUACACCAUUUCGAAGAUAUCUGCGAGCGUGAACGGCCGCUGUGGAUGCUGCGACCUAUAAGAACGAUUUCAUGUCCUCUGGAUCCUGAUUACACAAUCAGGCCCGCUUUCUACGAAAAUCUUAACAAACAUAAUAUUCAGACGUUGGUUAACCUGGUCAAGGAUAGUAAUCCUCGACUUUGGAAUUUUCUACCACGCUUUGAGCAAGGGAUUGAGCGAAUGCUCGGAGGUGAAGGUGUUGAUGACGGAUUCAUUUUGGAGUUUGAAAAUCUCUUCUCGGAUUAA